AUAAUCUUAAUUCUGCUUUUCAUUUUCACAGUUAGUGGUUCGUUGGUGGAUAGACUCCAUGAACUUGAUUUGAAGUAUACUCAGGAAGGACCCACAACUAGCAUUUUAGGUGAAUACGAGGCAAUCAUAAAGGAAAUAGAAAAGGAAAAUGCACCCUCACAAGUCACUGAUAGGAUUCCUCAAAUAUAUUUCAAAAAGGCAUUGAUAGAACUAACUCUUAACAAGGAUGCUUCAGCCAUUACAGAUUUGAUGAAAUCAGUUGAACUAGAUCCAAACAGUAGACUCGUGAGAAACAAGUUGUCAGACCUUUUGAUUGAAAGGGGAGAGUUCGACCAACUAGAAAAGGUUAUUCUCAAACAUGGUGCGUUGGAAGAUGAUGAACAACAUUUGAGCAAGAUCGAACAUGUUAAGAGGUACGUGGAUGAAGCACAAGCAAAGUUGCUUAACAAGGAGUACAAUGAGUGUAUUCAAAUUUUGGAAGAGCAAGUUUUAUCUCAUUCACCAAAUUACUUCACAGCUUUGGACAUUCAAUUGAAGGCUUUGAUGCAAAUGUUCAUUGAGAAUACCGAAGAUAAUGACACCAACAAGAAAGUAAUUAAGACCCUUCAAAAAGUAAUCAAGUUACUGCCACUUUCAAACUUGGAGUGGUACAAAGAUAUUUCAAACUUCCUAAUUUACACCGAGCUUCAGGUUGAGUCUGCUAAGCAGAUUUUGAAGAAUUGCUUGCGUAUCAAUAAUGAAGAUAAGGAAUGUGGGAAGAUUUCAAAGUUUGUAACCAAGUUUAGUGAUUUCUUUGCUAUUCUUGAGGAGUAUUCAAUUAUCAUCAGUCACUACUAUGUUGCUUUGGAAGAGCAGGCCCAAGGCCAGGGUAGGCUUGAAGAAGAAUACAAGAACCCAAAUAUCAACUGGAAUUUAGUAAAUGAUUUCUUGUUUGUACAAGAUUUGAAGGUUUCUAAGAUGGAAAGAAGACAGUUACCACAAGGCAUCAACUCCAACUAUGAUCUUUUGAUUUUCAGGAUGGAACAAUUUUUGAUACACAUCGGUGGUACUGAAUUCAAAUCCAAGUACUUGAGUUCGUCAAAGUUUUUGAAGGAAUUGAAUGAACUUAUUUGUCAGACUGGUAUUGAAUUGAAAAACAGGCAGUUACUUUCAUUUUGUGAGAAAACAGGGAACCACUUCCUACCAAAACAUAUACCCAAAAUUGAUCAACUACUCGCUGGAAAGAAUUAUAACGAAGCCAAGAGAAUAUUAUCUGGGUUUUCUCCAAAUGUCAAGGAGACAGUCAUGUUUAGAAAGAGGUACGAGAAGAUUGAGGCAGAAGAAGCGAGACAACAGCAGCAACAUCAAGAACAGCAGAGACAACGGCAAAGACAGUACCAGCAGCAGCAACAGCAACAGCAGCAGCAACAGCAACAAAUGCUUCGUCCCAAGACCGACUACUACAAAGUACUUGACAUAGCUAGGGAUGCAGACGAGAAGACUAUCAAAAAAGCUCAUAGAACACAAACAUUGAAGUAUCAUCCUGAUAAGUAUAAAGGAAGCGACUUGACUCCUGACCAGAUAGAGAAUAAAAUGCAAGAAGUAAAUCAGGCAUAUGAGGUCUUAUCGAACAAGGAUUUGAGAGCAAGAUACGACAGAGGCGACGACCCUAAUGAUCCAAGAGGACAACAGGCGCAAAAUAAUGGACCCAAUUUUGGUUCUGGAUUCAUGAAUCAAUUCUUUCAGGGUGAUUUCCAAGGUGGAAAUGGGGGAUUCAAGUUC